AAGAAGGGGUAUGAAAAAUGUAGAACCAUAAAAAAAUUUAAAUUUUAAAAAACCGGUAAUCCAACAUAUCAAACAAUAGCUCCUGCUAAGCACAAAAUUCUAUCUGCAGCUUAAAAUAGUAAUAUAAAUUUGUCAUAAUCACCAAAGCUAAUCGGUUUAUAGUAAGUGAUAAUAAUUCAAAAAAAAAUAAAUAAAUUUAACCAUGAAACUGGGGUACCCCUUUUGAGAAGAUAGACAGACAAAGAAAAUUAUGACAACACAGUUUUUAUUGAAAAACAAGUUAAUAAAAACAACACACGAGUUAGUCUUAUUAAUUAAAUAUCAUGGGAAAACCGAAGAAAUGUAAGCAUCAUGGAGUCAGAGACCCUAUGAAACAAAGAGAAGAACGUGAACAGAAACUUGUCGAACUUAAAAAGAUUAAUAAUCCACCGAAAGAAGAUCAAGAGAUAUCUAAACGAUUCAGGCAGUUCAUGGAAAUAAAGAAAUCGGUCAGUUCAAUCGGCAAAAACAAUAAAAACAAAAAAAGGAUAACAGUUCAUGAUGAUUUUGUCAAAAGUGAAGGCAUCGGAAAGAAAUUGAGAAAUGAAUCAAAUAAGCAGCAUUUAAGAAGAGUUGAACAUCUUCUUCAUAAGAAAAAGCAGGAAGCAGAAUAUGCAAAAAAGUUUAAUGUCCAAAUCAUACGCGAUGAAGUGACUGGCGAGAUUAAAAUGAAGAAAGAUCCAUUGAUUAAAGCGAAUCAAAAGAAAGUUAAAAAACUUAAGGAUAAAGACAAGGAAGACGAGGAAGCAACCACAAAAAAGAAAGAGGAAGAUGUUCCUGAAUUUCCUUUAGUCAAGUACCAAUUUAGUGCCAAGCAAAAGAGGAAAUUAAUGCUAGAAGAACAUGCAGUACAAGAUCAUGUGAAGUUUGGAGAAGUAGUAAAGGAACCGCCUACAUUUAACUUACCUCAAAAAGCAAAUACAAUUAAAACUAGGAAGAAGAAUUUUCUAUUUUUAUCACAAUUCAAUAAAUAAAAGAGAUUUAUAAUUUAACUGUCAAAAUA